AACUGGUGGCUCCGGCUCGCCAGUGGAGAGAGAGAGGGAGGGAGCAAAAGAAAAGGGAGAACGGAGGAAGCAGACCUGUGUGCAGUGAGUCGGGGACUUCUGGCUCGCUCUCCCCUUUUCCUGUGUGAACUGGGACAUGUUACCAACCCGAAUGUGUCCUGCUUUAAGCUGCUGUCUGAACGCAAGAAACGCCGCAAGCCUUUAGAUUUAACGGUGGCAGCUGGACUCCCCUACAUUGCAGCCAUGACUUGCAGCCAGGAUACCGUUCAUAAUGUCACUGUCCAUGCGGCCUGUGCGCCGCAUUUUGUUUACUGGAAUUACUAGGAGUCAUUCUUUUGCUGGAGUCAAUUCACCACAAGACAAAGCAUUCAGGAAGCUAAAAGUGUUCAGCACCCCAACAACGCACCGGAAAACUGCCUCUCGAGCUGGCAAAAUGUUCAACAUUUCUCAUAAAUCGCUCCCACCCAAGAACCCCCAGCCUGAACGGUUGGAUGAGGUUUAUGAAGCUUUAAAAAAGGGCCUAAAUGCAUACUUGCAAGUUCAUCAGCUGGAGCUCGACAACUUAACAGCUCAACUCAAAGAUAUGAAAAGAAAUUCCAGAUUGGGAUUUCUAUAUGAUCUUGAUAAGCAAAUCAAGUCAAUUGAAAGGUUUAUCCGCAGACUGGAGUUUCAUGUUAGUAAGAUUGAUGAGCUGUAUGAAUCUUACUGCAUCCAGCGAAGAUUACGGGAUGGUGCAAACAACAUGGUGCGCGCAUAUACUGUGUCUCAAACCAGCAAAGAAGCAAGGGAGAGCUUGGCUGAAGCUAACAAGGGCUACAAAGAAUACACAGAGAGUAUGUGCACAAUGGAAAGUGAGCUUGAGAACCAGUUAGGAGAAUUCCAUGUGAAAAUGAAAGCAAGAAGAGGGUGGGCAUAAUUCACCAAAAAGGGA